AUGCCAAAUGUUACCAUAUCCGGUGAUGGGUCACAGAAGAGCAUCAUCACCGGGAAUAAGAACUUUGCAGACGGAGUUAGGACAUCAUUCCAAACUGCAUCUUUUGCGGCCUUAGGAGAAGGUUUUGUGGCAAAGUCCAUGGGAUUCAGAAACACGGUAGGUCCUGAGAAGCAUCAGGCAGUGGCAGCAAGAGUCCAAGCAGACCGUGCUAUUUUUCUUAACUGCCGAUUUGAAGGGCACCGUGAUUUCAUCUUUGGUGACGCUGCUGCUAUCUUCCAGAACUGCUUGAUCUACGUCAGGAAACCUAUGGAAAACCAACAAAACAUUGUUACUGCCCAGGGACGGGCUGACAAACAGGAAACCACAGGAAUAGUUCUGAAGGAUUGCAAAAUCAUGCCUGACAAAGAUCUUGAGCCAGUAAAGUCACAGUUCAAGACCUACCUCGGGAGGCCAUGGAAGGAAUUCUCAAGAACCAUAGUGAUGGACUCAACAAUUGAGGAUCUGAUUCACCCAGAUGGAUAG